AAAGGCCGGUAAUGAGCACGACAGUGUAAUCUAAGGCACCCAAAGUCUAUCUUCUUCAGCUCACUCGCUGCUGCUGCUGCAGAGAUAUAGAGAGCGCAUUUCCGCCGAUUAACCAUGCCUGGUCCAGUCGUUGACGAGCUUGAGAUCCAAAACAAACUUGAGAAUGAAGAGCCAAUAGUGGAGGACGUCAAGGAAGAAGACGACCACGAUGAUGAAGCUGCCGAUUCCGAUGACGAGGAUGACGACGAUGACAAGGAAGAAGAUGGCACUCCAGGUGGUAGUGAAAGUUCAAAGCAGAGCAGAAGUGAGAAGAAAAGUCGUAAAGCAAUGUUGAAGCUCGGCAUGAAACCGGUGACAGGUGUUAGUAGGGUCACCAUCAAGAGAACCAAAAACAUAUUAUUCUUCAUUUCAAAACCUGACGUCUUCAAAAGCCCAAAUUCUGAAACAUAUAUCAUAUUUGGGGAGGCAAAGAUAGAGGAUUUGAGCUCUCAGCUACAAACACAAGCUGCCCAACAGUUCAAGAUGCCGGACAUAGGAUCUGUGAUGGCCAAGGCGGAACUUCCUAGUAUAGCUCAGGCUGAUGAGGAAGAGGAAGAAGUUGAUGAGACUGGUGUGAAUGACCGUGACAUUGAAUUGGUAAUGACACAAGCAGGAGUAUCAAGAAACAAGGCUGUCAAAGCUCUCAAGACACAUGAAGGAGACAUAGUCAGUGCUAUUAUGGAACUCACAACUUAGGUACAAAUUAAGUCUUUCCUCAAGAGCUAGUUCAUAUGUGUUUUGGAACUCAAGAUAUUUAUCUUAUUGUUGCUGUUUUAGCACAACUUAUGUCGCUUAGUGGCACUAUGUUGUUUCCUUUUUGUUGAAUAUUUACCCAGCUGCAUACUUCUGUGCUUUAGACAAGUAAUUUGUUGUUUGAA